AUGCCCGGUGAUACUGCUACUAGUCAUGAAGCCCAUGAUCGCGACUCUGGGGCUGACAAUGGGGAUGCUUCGCCGAAGGUGCUAGAGCGUGUACAUACUACUCAGUUGGAGAAGCGAAAGGUCGACGAGCCGAAGCCCGAACCCGCUGCUGCCGAUGAGUUUGGAUUGGCCCCGAGGCCGCCGAGAAGGAGAGAGUACAGUCUCAAUGAGCAGGAUUGUCCCGGAGAGAUAAGGAAGCAGGUUGUCGAGGAGACUGAAGGUGAGGUGAAAGAAGCGGAGAGGACAGAAGGACAUGUUGAGGCUUCGCAAUCGAAGGAUGAUGCAAGGGAGCACACGGAGACGGCGCAGAGCAGACAGAAUGAACAUUCAAGAACUCCGCGACAGAGUACGGACAAUGGUGCGCCUGCGGAAAGACACAGAGCUUCCUCAAGUCCGGUGUCGAUCAGGAGCCUGUCGGCCACAAGUCCCAAUGCGAAACACAAGCAGCAGCCUGCUGCCAACACCGUCUCCGAGUUCUCUCACCAGCAGACAGUCAUGCCCGAGAAGAUAGAGGAGAAGGAUGAUGAAGAGGACCAAUGGCAGGAGAUGCCUGCCUAUGCCACCCACAGGAUCUACGAUGACUGGGGGAAGGUAGUCGCGAAAGAGUUCGACGAGGCGGAGGAUCAGACUGUGGCAUACGCCACGCUGGGCGGCGCAGGUAAAGGGUAUACUCGCGUACAGAUGGAUGAGGAUGCUCAGUCUGCGACUAGCAUGGACGACAACACGGCCUACCUGUUCAAGGACCAGUACGCUAGAAACAUGCUGGAUGACGAUGACGAGGAAGGUCGCGAUGUACUGUCACAAAUGCAGACUACUAAAGAGCUUCUCACCGAGGGCCAGCGUAUCGCAUAUGUGGGCGUGGUGAGAUUAGCCGUGGCCGCCAUGGAGAAGGACAUGAGCGAACUGGAGAGGACGAAGAACACGAGAAAAGCAAUGGACUUUGCGACUGAGGCUCUUCAGAAAUGGGGCCAAAAGGUCAUGUUGCGCUUGUACACACACAUGGAGAUCGACGCCAAAGAGCAGAUCAUGGUGGAGCAGCUUGCUGAGCAUGGCGUCUUGCCGUCGGACUUGACGCCUGCGCUCAUGGCAAAUGCGCGGGUGAAGAACCCCAACGCAAGUGCUGAGAGCAGCUCGCAGGCUUCUUCCGCAAGGCCCUCCUUGGCCUCUCCGCGUCCGACAAGUGUUGCUGAGAAGCGAUUGUCUUCCGCGCCUCCUUCGAAACCUUCCACGCCGGCACCGCCCUCCGACCCACCCACUCCGUCUGGCAUAGAGACGCCGCCGCCUGCUUACGAACAGCACACCGCAGACGAAUUGACGAUCCAGAACCCGGACGAGCUUGAAGGCGCAAAGAACAUCGACAUCGACAUACGAUGGUCUGUGCUCUGCGAUCUGUUUCUGCUAUUGAUAGCAGAUAGUACGUACGAUGCACGCUCGCGCACGUUGCUUGAGCGAGUCGGCUCGGCGCUAUCAGUGGAGUGGCAAGAAGUCUGUCGCUUUGAGAAGCGCGUCACGGAUGCUCUCGAGAUGCAAGAGCAGGCUGAGAAGGAGAAUUGGAAUGAGGACGAGCACCUCGAGGCGCGCAAGAAGCAGGCUCGGAAUAAGCGGCUAGCGGUCAUGGGUCUCUGCACAGUCGGAGGAGGCCUCGUGAUUGGACUUAGUGCCGGCCUCCUUGCGCCUGUGAUUGGAGCUGGGUUGGCGGCGGGCUUCACUGCCAUCGGUGUGUCUGGCACUGGUACUUUCCUUGGCGGUACUGGCGCUGCGGCCUUGAUCGGCACGGGAGGAACGCUCAUUGGAAGUAAGAUCGGACUGACUACUUCCGACAGGCGGACAGGCGCCGUCAAGACGUACGAGUACAAACCGCUAUUCAAUAACAAGCGGACGAAUCUCAUUGUCACUGUCGCAGGCUGGAUGACUGGCAAAGUCGACGACGUGCGUUUACCUUUUAGUACCAUUAACCCUGUCAUGGGCGACAUCUACGCUGUGAACUGGGAACCCGAGAUGCUUCAGAGUACCGGUCAGACGAUCCAGAUCCUGGGAACCGAAGCCUUGACCCAAACGAUCCAGCAGAUCUUAGGAGCUACAGUACUGUCGACUUUGAUGGCUGGUCUUUCGACGCCAAUAGUGCUGGCGAAGAUCUCCUACCUGAUUGACAAUCCGUGGACUACUGCACUCUCUCGUGGAGAUGCAACAGGCCUGAUUCUGGCCGACUCCAUCAUCGACAGAAACCUGGGCAUGCGCCCCAUCACGCUCGUUGGAUUUUCCCUCGGCUCUCGCGUCAUCUACUCCUGUUUGAAAGAGCUCUCUCGCCGCGGUGCCGUCGGUCUGGUGCAGAAUGUGUACAUGUUUGGCUCUCCCGUGGUCGCGAAGAAGGACGAAUAUAUCCGCGCGCGGAGUGUUGUCUCUGGGCGGUUUGUGAAUGGCUACGCGACCAAUGACUGGAUCCUGGGCUAUCUCUUCCGCGCUACCAGUGGAGGCAUCAUGCGCAUCGCGGGUCUCUCUGGUGUUAACGUGCCCGGGAUCGAGAACAUUGACGUGACCGAAGACGUACCUGGACACAUGGCCUAUCGCGGAAUGAUGCCGACUCUGCUGGACAAAGUAGGCUGGGAGGUUGAGAGUCUGGAGUAUACAGAAAUUGAGGACCCAGAUCCGGAGAAUCACAAAAAGCGACAGCGGGAACUGCUGGAUGAGAUCGAGGAAGCGCGCAAGAAGCUGGACGAGCAACCGGAGAAGAAGGGAUUCAAGGCCUUCUUCUCGCGGAAGAAGGCAACGCAGAAGAAGGAUUGGGAGACGUAUGAUGAGAGGAGUCAGAAAGUGCUGGAGGGUGACGACAAGGAGAGUGAGAAGCAUGCGGAAGAGAACGCAAAUGUCAUGUUCGAUGUUGAUGCUAUCCGGCGGGAAGCGCUGUCUCUGGCAUUGCAGAAUCCCGGCGAUGUGGAGGAAAUCAAGAAGCAUUUGACUGUCAAGGAGAUCCACAGCACAUUACCCGCGCUCAGAGUGACAUUACCGCAAGACAAUAACAAGGCCAACGGAGCCGGCUGCUCUUCUGACGAUAGCUCGAGGGCGGAAUUCAGGCAUACGAAAACACGCGGUGGUCGAACGGCCCCUAUGCGACACGUCUCGGCACCGCUGUCCAACGGCUCUCACGUCAACGAGCACGAAUUGAGAUCGCCAGCCGGCGACGAAGACAUAAGUCUUUCCUUUGAAGGCGAUGGUCGCAAAGCCAGUCCUUCUCAGGCCUCGGAAUAUGGCUGGGAUGCGGCCAAGCCGGCGCGAUUUGGAUCGAGUGCGACUGAUCUGACGUCUCCGUCAGGCUCGAGACCUCCACUGAGGAGUAUCAAUACCACACCGGUGCACGGGAAUGGAAAGGGUCAGACGAUGAGUCCGGACCACAACCCUUGGAGUGCAGAGGAUGCCGAUGAUCCGCACUUUGGGAAGGAAGCGGGAGAGGUGAAGAUGGAUUUCGAGUAG